AUGCAAUUUUAUGAUUUCCUCCCUGCUCCAAAUCCCUUAAUUUAGGCCACAGAUCCUGAAUUGAAUACUAAAAUGUAUGCAAAAUAAGUUAAUUAGAAUGUAGAUUAAAAAAAGAGAUGAAUUUAGUGAAAGAGAUUCAUUUAUGAACCUCUGGGAUUAUUUUACAGAUAAUAAAUAGAAUCUCAUUUAUUAACGUUAUGAUAAUUAUCCUUGGUCUAUGAUUCCUUUAAACAAUCAUCGUUUUGCAGCAUCUUGUUUCUUCGAUUGCAAAAAGUUGAUAUCCUUAAACAGAGAAAUUAAAUUAACCGAAUUUUAAUCAAUCUUGUAUAAAAACCUAUUUCCCACUACAAUGAAACAAAAGGAAUUUAAAACUUUGUAACUUGAAUAACACUCUAAGAACUAUGAUGGGUUGAAAUUCGAUUCACAUUUUGAAAGUUCAAAUUUGUUUGCAUCAUUUAGAAUUAGUUCAUAAGAAUAUGAUUUAGUUAUGCAAAAUGAUACUAAUUCUAAAGGACAUACUUAAUGGUUUUAUUUUUCUGUUGAAAAUACUUAGAAAAAUGUUGUUGUUACAUUUAACAUUAUAAACUUUGUAAUUACCAUUAUAUCAUAAAGCCUAACAGAUAAAAAAUGACUCACUAUUUAAUAAGGGAUAGCGACCAGUUAUCUAUUCAAAUAAAUCCUAGAAAAAUAAAGGAGUCGGUUGGGUAAAAGCUGGUACUAAUGUUGUUUAUUUUAAAAAUAAAUAUAAACGAGAAAAUAGUACUACAAAAACAUAUUAUACGUUAACUUUCUCUUAUAAAUUUGAGUAUUCAAAUGAUAAAGUCUAUUUUGCAUAAUGUUAUCCUUAUACUUAUUCGCAAUUAAAUUUAUUUAUUGAUAGAGUUAUUAAAACAAAUAAAGUAAAAUUUAUUCUUAUAAAAGCAUUCUGUUGUAAAAGAGUUAUGCAAGACUAUGACAAAAUAAUACUGUCCUUUAAUUACAAUCGGAAAUGGGAAAAAAGCAAUAUUAUUGAUGGCAAGAUAACAUCCUGGAGAAACUCCAAGUUCUUUUGCAAUAGAAGGAGCUAUUGAAUUUUUAAUUAGAAAUUGUAUAGAGGCUGAAAUUUUAAGAAAUUAUUUUACUAUAUACAUAAUACCCAUGAUUAACCCAGAUGGAGUAAUUUUUGGAAAUUAUAGAUGUAAUUUAUAUGGAACUGAUCUGAAUAGAAACUGGGUAAAUCCACAUAAGGAAUUACAUGAUUCUGUUUGGUAUAUUAGAGAUUUAAUUAAGUAAAUUAAUUAAACAAAUGACUUAAGUAUGAUAAUUGAUUUUCAUGGGCAUUCAAGAAAGUAUAAGAUUGUCUAAAAAUAGAUUUAAUAGCUUUUUUUAUGGCAAUAGUGGAGNAUAAUAAAUAGAAUCUCAUUUAUUAACGUUAUGAUAAUUAUCCUUGGUCUAUGAUUCCUUUAAACAAUCAUCGUUUUGCAGCAUCUUGUUUCUUCGAUUGCAAAAAGUUGAUAUCCUUAAACAGAGAAAUUAAAUUAACCGAAUUUUAAUCAAUCUUGUAUAAAAACCUAUUUCCCACUACAAUGAAACAAAAGGAAUUUAAAACUUUGUAACUUGAAUAACACUCUAAGAACUAUGAUGGGUUGAAAUUCGAUUCACAUUUUGAAAGUUCAAAUUUGUUUGCAUCAUUUAGAAUUAGUUCAUAAGAAUAUGAUUUAGUUAUGCAAAAUGAUACUAAUUCUAAAGGACAUACUUAAUGGUUUUAUUUUUCUGUUGAAAAUACUUAGAAAAAUGUUGUUGUUACAUUUAACAUUAUAAACUUUGUAAUUACCAUUAUAUCAUAAAGCCUAACAGAUAAAAAAUGACUCACUAUUUAAUAAGGGAUAGCGACCAGUUAUCUAUUCAAAUAAAUCCUAGAAAAAUAAAGGAGUCGGUUGGGUAAAAGCUGGUACUAAUGUUGUUUAUUUUAAAAAUAAAUAUAAACGAGAAAAUAGUACUACAAAAACAUAUUAUACGUUAACUUUCUCUUAUAAAUUUGAGUAUUCAAAUGAUAAAGUCUAUUUUGCAUAAUGUUAUCCUUAUACUUAUUCGCAAUUAAAUUUAUUUAUUGAUAGAGUUAUUAAAACAAAUAAAGUAAAAUUUAUUCUUAUAAAAGCAUUCUGUUGUAAAAGAGUUAUGCAAGACUAUGACAAAAUAAUACUGUCCUUUAAUUACAAUCGGAAAUGGGAAAAAAGCAAUAUUAUUGAUGGCAAGAUAACAUCCUGGAGAAACUCCAAGUUCUUUUGCAAUAGAAGGAGCUAUUGAAUUUUUAAUUAGAAAUUGUAUAGAGGCUGAAAUUUUAAGAAAUUAUUUUACUAUAUACAUAAUACCCAUGAUUAACCCAGAUGGAGUAAUUUUUGGAAAUUAUAGAUGUAAUUUAUAUGGAACUGAUCUGAAUAGAAACUGGGUAAAUCCACAUAAGGAAUUACAUGAUUCUGUUUGGUAUAUUAGAGAUUUAAUUAAGUAAAUUAAUUAAACAAAUGACUUAAGUAUGAUAAUUGAUUUUCAUGGGCAUUCAAGAAAGUAUAAGAUUGUCUAAAAAUAGAUUUAAUAGCUUUUUUUAUGGCAAUAGUGGAGCAGAUUCAUUAAAAAUAUUUCCUUUAAUAUGUUCUAAAAUAUCAAAAAUGGUAAAUUUAAGAGAUUGUUCUUUUAAUAUUCAUGAAAGUAAAAAGAAGACUGCAAGAGCUGCUUUAUAAGAGGAAGUUAAAAGUGGAUAUAUUUAUACAAUAGAAUCAUCUUUUCAUGCAUAUAAAAGAUAAUUUACAUAGGAUUUUACAGAUUUUCAUUAUAAAGAAUUAGGUGCAGAUAUUGUACUUUCAAUAUUUAAAUUAUAUUAAUAAGAAAUGAUUUAAUUUACUUUUGAGUAGAAUUUACAUAUUAAAUUACCUUGUACUAUAGAUUAAUAACAAAAUAAUGACUUAGACAUAUUUAUUAAAAAUUAUGAUUUAAGUUCAUUAAAAUUAAAUUAAGAUGAUUCAGGUAGUGAUUCUAAUCCUGAAGAGGAUGUACUUUAAGAAUCAGAAUAGAUAUCGAUAGCAGAUUGUAAAAAGUAGAGUAAAUCAUUAAUAAUAUCAAAAAAGAAAAUGUUUAAGAUAGAUAAAAGUACUUAAACAGACAUAUCACAUUUUUAAAAUUUAAUGUUAGAUGAAAAGGUCUUAUAAAAAAUUGAAGAAUAAGUGAAAACACUGAGAAAGAAUUAUAAUAUGGAGACAUUAGGUGUAUUAAGUAAUGAUGUAGAAUUGUAGGAAGGAUAGAAGUGUGAAUUUUAAUAAACCGAAAUAUCAUUGUAAUAGAUUUUGGGAAGAAUGUAAGUAUAUCAUGUAAGAGUGUCAAAUAAGUAAGAUAGUUUAAUUAAAAUAAGGAAUUCUAUGUUUUAGCAUUAAUUUACAACUUAAUCUAGUAAACCAGUAGUAAUAGUAUUAAAGAAUCCAUAUUCAAAAUAGUAGUUGCAAUAAAAUUAAUUAAAUUAAUAUCAAUAAGAAUAGUUAUCAUUAAAAAACAGACGAAGAGUAGCUUCAAUAAAUGGAAGAUGUUCAAUCGAAUCAAAAAGAUAAGCAAACGAUAGAAAAUACAGCAUAUAGCAUUAUCAUGGAUAUAGUUAUUAAUAAAACACCCCAAUGAAUUAUGUGACAUAAGAAAUAACAUUUGAUAAGAUAGCAAAUUUUAGCAAAGCUAGAUUUAAUGAUAAAUAAAUAAUUAAAAACUAAUUUUGA